AUGGCUGAACCAGCGACAUCCAUCUGGCACUUGGCAGACCAAUGGCUGGCCUGGGACAAGGCCCCAGAGACAUUGGCAGAGAUCAAUAAGUUGAAGGAAACCAAAAAUGAGGCCGAGCUUGAGAAACGCCUUCGGAACCGGAUUCAAUUCGGUACCGCCGGUUUGCGAGGCAAAAUGCAGGCGGGAUUUGCAUUUAUGAAUUGUCUUACUGUCAUUCAGGCCUCACAGGGAUUGGCGAAAUUCGUCCAAUCGCGCGAUGCACAGCGGGCUAUUGAACAUGGAGUUGUGAUAGGCGCCGAUGCACGACACAACUCCCACAGUUUUGCCGUUCUCGUUGCCAAUGCAAUGCGUGCCCUAGGAUUUAAGGUGCACUGGCUUGGGUCUGUGGUGCAGACACCGUUGGUUGCGUGGGCGACGGGGUUUACAGGAGCAGCAGCUGGUGUCAUGAUUACUGCUAGCCAUAAUCCGGCUCUGGAUAAUGGCUACAAAGUAUAUCUCCGCCAAGGAGUUCAGGUCAACACACCCUGGGAUGCAGAAAUCUCUCGACAUAUCAACGAGAAUCUGGUACCGUGGGAUGGCGCAUGGGAAGGUGAGACGGGAUUGGAAACAUCGACAUAUACCAGUCGGAAUAAUGACUGGAUUUCUGUCAUCGUGAACUACGCCGUAAAUUCACCCCUUUCUACUCUCCUGAAUGAAAGUUUUUCUGACUCCGUGCAGAAAUCGACUGUACCGAACAUACUACCGCCUACACCAUUCAUGUACACACCUCUUCACGGUACUGGUGGUCGAUGCCUGCCACGUAUAUUGCAUGAAAUUGGUAUCGGCCAUCAAAUGCUCAACGUCGACAGUCAAUUCAAAGAAGACCCAAACUUUCCAACCGUUCCGUUCCCCAACCCCGAGGAAGACGGUGCUCUAGAUCUUGCUAUGGCGGCAGCUGAAGCAAGUGGGCGCACUUUUCUGAUUGCGAAUGAUCCCGAUGCUGAUCGGUUUGCCGCAGCACAGAUUAUUCCUGGACAAAACACCUGGUACAGAUUCACUGGCAAUCAGAUCGGAGUUCUUCUGGCAUCUCAUAUCCUCGAGAAUCUCACUUUCCCUUGCCAGCAAAAGGGCUACUACAUGCUCAACACCACCGUCUCAACGACAAUGCUGUCCAAAAUGUGUGCAGCACACGGUGUACAUUAUCGUGAGACCCUAACUGGAUUCAAAUGGAUGGGUAGUAUUGCUAGGGACCUUGAAGAAUACGAAGGAUAUACAGUCCCCUUCGCCUUCGAAGAAGCACUAGGAUACAUGUUCCCCGGGACAAGAUGCUACGACAAAGACGGCUUGACAGCAGCAGCCAUCUUCCUGCUCGCUGAAGCCCAAUGGCGGACGCAAGGCAUGACGCCAUAUGACAAGUUGCGUGAACUAUUCAAAAAAUACGGCCAUCACGAAACAUUCAACAACUAUUUCCGCUCCCCGGACCCUCAGACGACUGCCGCGCUCUUUCAGAAGAUUCGUACCGCGCGCCGUUGGCAGAAAGGCGAGAAAUUCGGCACCAAGUUCACGGUUACGCGCUGGCGUGAUAUGACUCUGGGUUAUGACUCGGAUACAGCAGAAAACAAGCCCGAACUACCGGUUGAUCAAGGAAGUCACAUGUUAACUCUUUGGCUCAAUGAGAAUAUCAAAUUUACCUUGAGAGGUUCGGGAACAGAACCCAAAGUUAAAUUCUACAUCGAAUCUUGGGAAGACAACCAAGAACAAGCCAUCAACGCAGUAUGCGAUGUUUUCCAUACCAUUCUUUCAGAAUGGGUCAAGCCCUUAGCGCCAACAAUGACAUGCGCAAGCCAGCUUUUUACGUCUUCUUCGCACAUGGUCACGCUCUGA